CUGUCAGAGAAGGCAGCGUCGGCAAAUCAAUGGCUGCUACACGCGUCCCUCCUGCCUCUAUCUGUGGAUAUUUUCAUCUGGCCGUUGAUGUUGUCAGUGUGAUGGCACAUCUGUCUGGUCUGGUCUCUGCGUAACCUUUUCAUCUGCUCUGGGCUACCAGGGACCAGGAGGGGAUCCUUCACCAGCAGGACGCAUAGGAACUACAGCACUCUAGAUCCAUGUGAAUGACCACUGCAUGGUGAACUUCUGGUGAAUAGUUGUUAGAAUGUCUUGGUCAUGGUUGAUGGACAGGUCGCAGUGAUCUAAAUACUGCCUCUUCAUUGUGUCAUAUUGGAGUGUUUUAUAGCUUCUGAUCUUCCAACACCAGAAGGCAACAGGAACAGGUUGUGGUGCUUUAGGAUUGUAAAGAGGAGAGAUUGACCUGUGAUUUUGAGAGGAUGAUAAAAUAAGGAGAGAAAGGGUUGGAGGAUGACAGGAUCCAGACACCGGAUAUUCACGCACACUGAGGAGAAGAGCAGUCUGGGUCACACAGUCAAAAAGAACGUCAGAGUCUUCCACUUCCUUUAGCCGACAUGAGGAAACUUAACCCUAAACCCUUAGAUGUUCCUCAACACUUUCCUGAGGCUUGCUGAUCCUGAAGUGUGUUGUUGUUGUUUUGUUGUGUGCUGACUGAGAUAUUGGAGAGGAGCCAUAGCCAGCGGAACCGUACGGAUAUCCUCCUCAGGCGACACAGUGGACCCAGGCAGGAUGGGACUACGGCCCAGAGCCAGAUCAGGUGGAGAAAUAAACAGGCUGGGACCCAGAGGAACCCCCACAGGGUUGAGGCUGGGACCCAGAGGAACCCCCACAGGGCUGAGGCUGGGACCCAGAGGAACCCCCACAGGGCUGAGGCUGGGACCCAGAGGAACCCCCACAGGGUUGAGGCUGGGACCCAGAGGUACCCCCACAGGGCUGAGGCUGGGACCCAGAGGAACCCCCACAGGGCUGAGGCUGGGCCUGUGGAUCCUGUGUUUCAGCUGGUUCUGCUUCACUGCUCACGCUCAGAUGAAGAUACCGCCUGAGACGGUCCAGUUUUGGGCUAAUAUCCUUUCAGUGCAACUACGCGAGACUACCACAAGAUACUCUGGAGCUAACAUUCUACAAAAGAAACUCAAAGAUGUGGAAUCCAUUAUUAAGAUAGUGGACAUCGAUGGGAGAGAUCAAGUGAGGGACUUUGCAGAGGACAUGGAGAGAAUGCUGGGGUCCAAGAUGAAGUCAGUUAAGAGGUUGGCUGAGUCUGCGGAGGAUGCAGAUUUGUACCACGACUUCAACAAAACGCUAGAGUUUGACUACUAUAACUCCAUGCUGGUGAACACAGCAGAUGAAGAUGGUAACUUCAUAGAGCUGGGUGGUGAGUUUCCUCUGGAGAAGAAUAAGCAUUUCAACAACCUGCCAGUCAACACACAGCAGAGUGACGUACAGGUUCCAACUAAUGUCUACAACAAAGAUGCCUACAUCCUCAAUGGAAUCUACUGGUCGGAGGCUCUGAAUGAUGUGUUCAUGAACAACUUCCAGAAAGACCCCACCCUCACCUGGCAGUACUUUGGCAGCUCCUCGGGAUUCUUCAGAAUCUACCCUGGUAUCAAAUGGACUCCAGAUUCGAAUGGUGUGGCUGCGUUUGAUUGCAGGAACCGUAACUGGUAUAUCCAGGCUGCCACCUCACCAAAGGACAUUAUUAUCGUGGUGGACAUCAGUGGCAGUAUGAAGGGUCUGAAGAUGACCAUCGCCAAGCACACCAUCAACACCAUCCUGGACACACUGGGGGAGAACGACUUUGUCAACGUCAUCGCUUACACUGACUACGUGCGCUACGUAGAGCCAUGCUUCAAAGGCACCCUGGUGCAGGCUGACUUGGACAACCGCGAGCAUUUUAAGGUGCUAGUGGAUGAGCUUCACGUGAAGGGAGAGGGAAAAGUUGCAAAGGCCAUGAAAGAAUCCUUCAAAAUCCUGAAUGAGGCUGCGACCAAGGGCCAGGGCAGCCUGUGUAACCAGGCCAUCAUGCUGAUCACAGAUGGAGCCAUGGAGGAUUUCAAAGACGUGUUUGAAGAGUUCAACUGGCCUGAUCGCAGGGUGCGCCUCUUCACUUACCUUAUUGGCAGAGAGAUGACCUUUGCGGACAACACCAAGUGGAUCGCCUGCAACAACAAGGGUUACUACACACACAUCUCCACUCUGGCUGACGUGCAGGAGAAUGUCAUGGAGUACCUUCACGUCCUGAGCCGACCAAUGGUCAUCAAUCACAAUCAUGACAUCAUCUGGACCGAGGCUUACAUGGACACUGUGCUACCCAAUACGAAGGAGCUCUUCGCCACAAAGGCUCAAAGUUUACUUCUCAUGACCACAGUGGCAAUGCCUGUCUUCAGCAAGAAGAAAGAGACGCUGAGCCAUGGGAUCCUGCUGGGGGUGGUGGGUUCUGACAUCCCCCUGUUGGAGGUAAUGAAGCUGGCUCCCAGAUAUAGGCUGGGCCCCCAUGGUUACGCUUUCCUCAUCACCAACAACGGGUACAUCCUGGCACACCCUGACCUACGACCUCUGUACAAAGAAGGUAAGACGCUGAAGCCCAAGCCUAACUACAACAGUGUGGACCUGGCUGAGGUGGAGUGGGAGGACAUAGAUGAGAUACUAAGGACAGCCAUGGUGAAAGGGGAGAUGGGCACUCUGUCUUUAAACGUGAGAGCAUCAGUGGACAAAGCGAAAAGGCCUUUGUUCUUAACAAAUGACUAUUUCUACACAACCAUCAACGACACCCCAUUCAGUUUUGGUAUGGUUCUGACAAGGGGUCACGGACAGCUGAUGUUCAUGGGGACAGUCUCUGUGGAAGAGGGCCUGCAUGACCUGACGUCCCCUGAUCUAUCCAUAUCCAAUGAGUGGACGUAUUGUGAGACAGACAUUGAUCCUCACCACCGCAAAUACUCUCAGCUUCAGGCUGUCAUUCGCUACCUGCAGGGGAAGGAGCCUGACCUGGAGUGUGACGAGGUGCUGCUGCAGCAGACUCUGUUUGAUGCCGUAGUGACAGCCCCCUUAGAAUCCUACUGGCAGGCCAUCAUGCUCAAUGCAUCUGGGAUGGAGAUGGGUGUGGAGACAGCCUUUCUGGGAACCCGCUCUGGCCUUAUCCGGCUUACCAGAUACACUGGCAUAGAGACCAGGGUCGCCAAAAAGUUCUUGACUCCAGCUGAUAAGGACAACCUGUUUACCGUGGACCAUUUCCCCCUGUGGUAUCGCCUGGCCAUGGAGAACCCCCCUGGACGCUUCAUCUACUACAUCCCUGUGGAGGACAAAGACAACAGAGACAAGACAGGGGUGUCAAAGUAUGUCAUAGCCACCACAGCUGUGACUGUGUCAUCGGGAGGCAAGAUGGCCAUGGCUGGAGCCAUUGGGGUGCAGAUGUCCUUGGAGAUGCUGGAGAAGAGGCUAUGGACCAUUGCCUUUCAGCCCGCUGACACAGACUGUACUGACGUGGAAGGUGUCUGCCCUCUCAGCUGCCAGAGCACUGAUGUCAACUGUUUCCUUGUGGACAGCAACGGCUUCAUCAUAGUCUCGAAAGAGAGGUCAGAGGUCGGACGUUUCUUUGGGGAAGUGGACGGGUCUGUGAUGGCAGCGUUGAUUAAGUCGGGCAUGUACAAGAAGGUGUCGUUGUAUGACUACCAGGGAAUGUGCAGAUCAGGACACAGUCAUUCCAGUAGUGCUCGCCCUCUGCUCAGCCCUUUCUAUGGCCUUGCUGCAGUGAUUAAAUGGUUCUUCUCUCACAUGUUGAUGUUCUUACUGGAGUUCAACUUCUGUGGGCUGUGGCACUCGGAUUACGUUGUAGACGCCAAGGCUGGCUACCAUACAUCCCAUAAAGCAAAGAGGACGGACGCAUUGCAGCCCUGUGACACAGAGUACCCUGGCUUCAUGUUAGACAACUCCAUCAAAGAGACCAACAGCCUCCUCAAAUGUGGACGCUGUCAGAAGAUGUUUGUGGUGCAGGCAGUCCCUGACAGUAACCUGGUGUUGAUGGUGGUUCAGGCGGACUGUGACUGCUCCCGGCAGUACUCCUCCAUCACCCUGGAGCCCAAAGAGGUCAAAUACAACGCAUCAGUCAAGUGUAACAGGAUGAAAUCUCAGAAAGUCCGGCGGCGCCCAAAGUCCUGCCAUGCCUACCAUCCUAAGGAAAAUGCCAAGGACUGUGGAGGAGCGUCAGAGAUCAGCCUAUCGGUGGCGCUCUUCUUGGCUUCUCUGGCUACCUCAUUGGCCCUGCGCAGAUGGACUUAACCAGGCUCCAUCUCUCUUAUGUCCAUCGGAGAACUACAGGCCAUGAGAAUGUAGACUAAACAAUCUUAACAUUCCGUUUUUGUACUUUUUCUAAAAGAACCUAUAACUACGUCAGUAACCCACUAACACAGUAGUUCAAGUCAACUCUGGACUAACAAUAAAAGGGCUAUUUUCUUGUAAGACUCCUUUUCCCACACCGAUAGAGAAAGAAACUAACCAGUCCUAACAAAUGCCUCAAUUUCUUUUGUAUGAGCCAUGGGGUAUGAGUUUGUGGACAUGUGAAUCGAAGGGAGAGACUGUUAUUUUCAUGGAGACACUGAUAUGGUAGAACGAUUUCAGCCCUCUACUGGGCAAUCCAUCUUAGUGCAGACUGAAGGACAACCACCCUGACAACCUCACUCAGCUGGAUAACUGUUGCCAUAAUAUGUCCAUCAACAGGAAAAUAGAAACAUUUUCUCAUAUCUCAUUUUUAUACACAGUAACAUUAAGAUGUACUGUAUUGAUACUGUUGUUUUUUUGUAUGUUGAAAUGAACUACCGUACCAAAACUUUGUGCUACAAAAGAGGUAGGAAUAUUCAUCUCUAAUUUAUAAGCAAUAAUGUAUGUCGUGACACUGGUGAUUUGAAUGGAACAUGCUGGUGACAAUUCCCGCAGAACUGAGAGGUGAGAUCUAGUGUAGUUUAUAAUUACUGGUACGCAUGAAGCUUUAUGAAAUAAUUGCCAGGGGGAGGAGACUGUUACACAUUUGAAAGUAGGUUAUUGUUGUUUAUCAGAACAUUACAUUUGUAUCUGUCUUAUUCCCAACCCCGCUGGACACAGGUCUCAAUACAAUCCGUAUCGCCGUAGUCCAGGGCAGUAGCUCCGAUUGAGCCUCCUCAAAAGGGUGAACAUUUCUUUUAAAUUGCGCUAUAGCGACACAUUAUGGCGAUACGGAUUGAAUUGAGCCCAUACUUACAUGAGAAGCUGAGAGCAGCACAGGAUCAUCCAGAGCAGCAUUAUCAAAUCAAACCCAUUUUAUUGGUCAUAAACGUGUUUAGCAGAGGUUAUUGUGGGUGUAGCGAAAUGCUUGUUUCUUGCGCCGAAAUUAGGGGUUAAGUGCCUUGCUCAAGGGCACAACAGCAGUAGAUGGCACCAGAGAUUUUGAUGCCAGCAACCCUCUGGCCCAGUUCUUCCCUGUAAAAUUACUACAAGCUCACUGUUGGUAAACAUUAUGAUGUAUUUCAAUAUGUGAAUCAUUAAAACAAUCUGCAUAUAGUAGCUAGGACCACAUGUAAAUGAGAUGCCAUAGGUGCUUUGAGACAUUGAGGAAUAUUACAAUAUAGUAUCUUUUUCAUUGUUGUCCCCUAUAAAAGCUAGACCAAUAAGAAACUGAUACAGGACAUUUUCUGUGACAUGUGCAAAUGGUUGGUGGCAGUUGGUAUACUGGAAACACCGAUACUGAGAAAAUUCACCACUGAAUUUAUUUAUCAAACAAAAACAUGUUUUAUACAUUGUAGUAUAGCCAUUGCUUUCGUACACAGAAUCUUUUUCUUUUUAAUACAAAUGGAAAAGCGCUUUCUGUCCAUCCCCAGUAACUUGAGAACAAGAGGUUGUAGUAACAGGCAAACUUACCUUCAGUGCACAAUCCAAAACACCAACUACACGCAACCACAUUUUAAACUAAAUGUAUUCAAGGUUAUUACAUCAGUAAUUCUAAACUGUUGGACAUCUUCAGUGGUGAUCAGUAGUAAUGACAGAACUACAGUAUACUGGAAAUCCUGAAAUAUCUAGGGGGGCAAUUUUCACAAACAUAUGAAAAAUGUAGUUGAAUAUAUUGCUUUAAAGUGAGGUAGCAACUUCCUGAUUCACACAGAUCACCCAAUAAAAUAAUUUGUUUACAUUUGUGUAGAGCUGUAUGCUACUAGCGAUACUGUACAUCAACAACAGCAGAUUACUGGCUCAGCAGAACAUCUAAAGCUCCGUUUAUACAUGAUUCCAACUUGCGUCCUUUGUCCUGCUCUUGUCUACAUGUGUCUAAAAAUGUGGGCUCAAUCAAAACACAUUGUGAUCCGAUUGUGAUCAGAUCAUCCUGCCCACACAUUGUGUCUGAAUAUCUUGCAAGUGUAGACAGAUCUGGACAGAGAAACUAUUUAAAAUAAGUAUUCUGCCCUCUAAGUGGCAUCAUUGACUGAGUACAUCAAUAGGUUUUACAAUAAAUAUUAUUUAGAAAGGAUAGCUGUGAAAACAUCUGCAUAAAAGUAGGAACAGGACAUCUGGUCACAAUCCAGAAACAGUGGAUGGCUAAUAGACACAUUUCUGGAAAUACGGGCACAAUCGGAAUGUAGACAAGAUCAGGAAAAAGGAACCAUGUUAGCACCAGGUAUAAACUGGGCUUAACACCACACUAUACAGUUGUAGUGUGAGGGCUUAAUCACCAAUUACCCGUGCAAGGCUGAGAGAUGGAAGAGGCAGUGCACAUUUCAACACAUCCAGGGGAG